AGUGUCCAUCUACCUUGGUCAAAGUUGAGGUCUUGAGAAUUCUCAUAUUCUAACCCUUCUUUAUUUCUAUGGAAUUUUCCAUAUAAUCAUAUUAUAAUGUGAUUCCUCUCUCAUAAUUUCUCUGAAGAUCAGAAGAAAUUACAUUUUUACAAAGAAACAACACCCUCUCCGUUGUCAUGUCCAAAGAAAGUCUCCUCUUCCUUUCCCUCGUUUCCCUUUUCCUUCUUCUCCAACCUUGCAAAAGCAAGAGUGAAAAAAACGAUCUUUGUGCUCCUUCUUCAUGUGGCAACCUUCAGAACAUUACAUACCCUUUUCGACUUCAAACAGAUCCAAAAAAUUGUGGAAGCCAUAGAUAUACCUUAAUCUGUCAGAAAAAUACUACAAUAUUAUAUCUUUAUUCCGGAAAAUACUAUGUUCAGGCAAUAAAUUACGAUAACUUCACCAUUCGACUGGUAGAUUCUGGAGUUGAGAAAGGUGAUUGUGCCUCCUUUCCUCGCUUUCCUUUAACUAUAUAUAAUUUCAGUUUAGAAGAUCCAUUUGCAACCCAUAAAUUUUCAGAUUAUGAUGCAUCCAAAUCACCACCAAUUUUAACUUUCAUAAGUUGUCCUUUCCAAGUAAGUUCUCCUCUUUAUGUGGAAACUCUUUCUUGUACUAAUUAUAAAGAAGUAGCGCCAUCGAAGCAUUUGUAUGUGAAUGUUGGUGGCAUGGAAGCCAAAGAUUUGAAGAGUAACUGUAGCUUAGAGAUGAUGGCUAUGUUGCCUAAUAAGGAUUAUAAGAACAUGUCCUUUAUUGAAAUCCAUAAGGAGCUGGCUUAUGGGUUUGAGCUUUCUUGGCAUUAUAUUUACUGUGGGGGUUGCAGAGGCUGCUAUUUUGAUGACCCAAAUAAGGUUCAGUGCAUAAGUGAUUAUUUCACGAGAGUUUGCUACCUCAACUUUGGAAUUGGAUGCAAAUACUUAUUCAACUCAUCCACUGCAUAUGUUGGCUUUUAUCGAAUUAUAGUGUCAACCCCAACAGUUGUUGUUCUUCUUGUACUACUCCAUUGUGUAACAAAAACUCUUUGUGGAACUCCAUUUGUAAUUGGACUUUUGAUCUAUAAAUGGCGAAGGAGACAUUUAUCAGGAUAUAACACAGUUGAAGAAUUUCUGCAGAGUCACAAUAACUUGAUGCCUGUAAGGUAUUCUUACUCAGACAUUAAGAGAAUGACUGAAGGGUUCAAGAACAAGUUAGGCCAAGGGGGUUUUGGUUCUGUGUACAAAGGAAAACUCCGUAGUGGUCGAAUUGCAGCAAUAAAGAUAUUGAAUAAUUCUAAAACUAACGGUCAGGAUUUUAUUAGUGAAGUUGCUACCCUUGGAAGGAUUCACCAUGCUAAUGUAGUUCAACUAAUUGGUUUUUGUGUUGAUGGAUCAAAGAAUGCUCUUGUAUAUGAUUUCAUGCCUAAUGGAUCUCUUAACAAUUAUGUAUUUUCUCAAGGAAGGUCAAGCAUAUCCUUAACUUGGGAAAAACUGCAUGAAAUUUCGAUUGGAAUAGCUCGUGGCAUUGAAUAUUUACAUCGAGGUUGUGAUAUGCAAAUCUUGCAUUUCGAUAUCAAGCCACAUAAUAUUCUUCUGGAUGAAAAUUUUAUUCCAAAGAUUUCAGAUUUUGGACUUGCUAAGUUAUAUGCAACAAAUGGUAGCAUUAAAUCUCUUAGUGCAGCAAGAGGAACAAUAGGAUACAUGGCGCCGGAAUUAUUCUACAGAAACAUUGGACAUGUUUCAUAUAAAGCUGAUGUGUAUAGUUUUGGAAUGUUGUUACUAGAAAUUGCAGGUAAAAGAAAGAACUUGAAUGUAAUCGACGAAAAUUCGAGUGGAAGUUACUUUCCAUUUUGGGUUUAUGAUGAAGUUUCUAAUGAGAAAGAUGUUGGAAUUGGUUAUGCUACAGAAGAGGAAAAUAAGAUGGCUAAGAAGAUGGUUGUGGUUGGUUUAUGGUGUAUACAAAUGAAUCCAAGUAAUAGACCUUCAAUGAAUAAAGUUAUACAGAUGCUUGAAGGUGAUUUGGAAAGUCUACAAUUACCUCCAAGGUCUGGUAUGAGUGCAGAUGAAAGUCCGGAAAAUUAUGCAGAAGAAGAGUCUUCUUCUUUACCAGUUGAUUUUUCAGAAUCUAGCAGUUUGAUUGAAAAUUCAUUUUAAAUCAUAAGAACACAACUUUCUUGGCUCUGUUUCUUUAUAUUGUGUUUCUAAUUACAUGAUCACUAUCAAAUUAGCUAA